UGCAGCGGCGGGCUCGGCUCUCCGCGGCUGCGGCUGUCCCGGGGCGGCCGCGGGGACCUUCCCUGAGGCGCUCCGGUGGCUCCCUCGGCGCCCGCACCGCCGUGACCCGCCCGGUGGAAGGGCGGCGGUGGGUCCCCAGCGCGCCGGUGCCCGUCCGCUCCCGGUGCCUCCGCCCGCGGGCCCCGUCGGGCUUUGCACGGCCAAAAGUUAAAAUGUGUGAUGAUGGUGUCCCAGACCAUUGGCUUAUUGGGGAGAAAUGCCUCGCACCUUGUUUUGAAAAUGGAAAACUUCACAAAGGAACAAUAACUUCUCUUGAAAAGGACAAGAAUGGAAAAUCAUUUGCUGUUGUAUCAUUCUUGGAGUCUGAAGAAAGGAAAAUACUAAUUACAAAACUUUGUAAAAUCAAAGACAGUAGAGGACCCUUGAAGAGCUUAAUAUUUGAUGAGGGUGAUCUGGAAAAGCCAUAUUUUCCUGACCAAAAUGUUCCGUCUCAUGGAGUUGCUUUUAAAUUAUCUGACAAUGGCAAUUUUAUCCCAUAUACAAUUAACAGAUACCUGCGUGAUUAUCAAAGGGAAGGAGUCCAGUUUCUGUAUAGACACUAUGCUAAUAAAAGAGGGUGUAUUCUUGGAGAUGAUAUGGGCCUUGGAAAGACAAUACAGGUAAUUUCAUUUUUGGCUGCAGUGUUGCACAAAAAGGGAACACGCGAAGAUAUUGAAAAUAAUAUGCCGGAGUUUUUACUGAGGACAAUGAAAAAGGGCUCAGAUUGUAACCCCAAGAAGACUUUCCUCAUAGUGGCCCCUCUUUCGGUGCUGUACAACUGGAAGGAUGAGUUAGACACAUGGGGAUACUUUAAAGUCUCUGUCUUACAUGGCAGUAAAAAAGAUGAUGACAUGAGUCGCAUCAAGCAAGGGAAAUGUGAAGUUGCUCUUACAACAUAUGAGAUACUUCGCCUGUAUUUGGAUGAUUUUAACAGUAUAGAGUGGUCUGCUGUGAUAGUAGAUGAAGCACAUAGAAUCAAGAAUCCAAAGGCUCAAAUAACUCAAACCAUGAAGUCAUUAAAAUGCAGUGUUCGCAUAGGUCUUACUGGAACCAUUCUUCAAAAUAAUAUGAAGGAACUUUGGUGUGUUAUGGACUGGGCUGUACCAGGACUUUUAGGUAGCAGAGUACAUUUCAAGAAGAAAUUUUCUGAUCCAGUGGAGCAUGGCCAGAGGCACACUGCAACUAAAAGGGAGCUAGCAACAGGUCGUAAGGCCAUGGUGAAGCUGGCAAGAAUAAUGUCUGGCUGGUUUCUGAGACGUACCAAAGCGCUUAUCAGUGAUCAGUUGCCAAAGAAGGAAGAUAGGAUGGUGUUUUGUUCCCUAACUGAAUUCCAGAAAGCUGUGUACCAGGCUGUGCUAGAGACAGAUGAUGUAACCUUGGUGUUAAGAGCAGGAGAGCCCUGUAGCUGCAAUAGUGGCCGGAAGAGGAAGAACUGUUGUUACAAAGUAAAUGCACAUGGUGAAACGAUUAAGUCCUUGCGCUUCAGUUACCUAAUGAUCCUACAGAAGGUUGCAAAUCAUGCCGCACUGCUGCAGACAGACAACACUAGCAAGCUGCAGGAAGCGCAUAUCAAACGAGUUUGCAGCCAGGUAUUUUCCAGUUUUCCAGAUUUUGUGCAGUUAAGCAAAGAUGCAGCCUUUGAAACUAUUUCAGAUCCAAAAUAUAGUGGAAAAAUGAAGGUACUUCAGCAGCUUUUAAAUAAUUUCCGAAAAAAUAAGGAUAAAGUUCUUCUUUUCUCCUUUUCCACAAAGUUGCUAGAUGUGCUAGAGCAGUACUGCAUGGCAUCUGGGCUAGAUUACCGAAGACUUGAUGGCAAUACAAAAUCAGAAGAUAGAAUCAGAAUUGUAAGAGAGUUCAACAGCCUUCAGGAAAUCAACAUAUGUCUUGUAUCUACAAUGGCUGGUGGACUGGGUCUUAAUUUUGUUGGUGCCAAUGUUGUUAUACUGUUUGAUCCUACAUGGAAUCCAGCAAAUGAUCUUCAAGCGAUUGACAGAGCUUAUAGAAUUGGCCAACACAGAGCUGUUAAAGUGUUCAGAUUGAUAUCAUUGGGAACUGUGGAAGAGAUUAUGUACUUGCGACAAGUUUAUAAACAGCAACUUCACUGUGCAGUGAUUGGAACUGAAAAUGCCAGGCGGUAUUUUGAAGCAGUGCAAGGAUCAAAGGAGCAUCAAGGAGAGCUUUUUGGUAUUCAUAACCUUUUCAAACUUAGGACUCAUGGGUCCUGUCUUACCAAAGACAUACUGGAGAGGGAAGGACGGGUAGAAGCAGGAGUCAUGACAGCAACUACAUGGCUGAAGGAAGAGAAUCGUUCAUGCAGCUCAGAAAAGUAUGAACAACCAGACUGUCAAGAAGAUGGAGAUCCUCGAAGCAUUCAGGCACAAUUAAAAAGAGAAGAAACUGAUUUUUGGGAUGAUUUGAGUGAUGAUGAUGAUGUUCUGGAGAGUUCUGUGAAAAAGUCUGACAGAAGGAAGCCAUGCAGUGAAAAUAGUUUUGUGGUAACAAAGGGACAGCUUUCCUUAAUGCAGUGUGGAUUCUCUAAGUUGUUGCAGAGAGAAAUUGAGACUACCAAAGAAGGGGAUCAUAAUUACAACUCUCAUCAUUCAAGUUCUGAUGAUCACACUAUAAGAAAAAAUGUAAAUAGCAAGCAUGGUGGUUUUCAGAAAUGUCAGACCAGUGUGCCUGUUUUGGAGCAUGGGAAAGCUGUUCUGUCUCCAAAUGGAAGUGAUAAACAAGUUAUGCAUAGAACAGAGUGGCUUGGUUUAUCAGGCUCUGAGGAGGAAGGGGACAGAAAAAAUGAGGAUCAAAGCAUUUUAAAGCAAUGUGACAUAGUCAUGGAAACUGAAAGUAGUUCUGAAGCGGAUGAUGAUGUCAUCUUUCCUACCCAAGUUCAAGUAUGCCAGCAACCAGUGCUUACUAAAGAAGAUGAAAUACAUAGGUCAACAUCUGAAAAUUGUGAAGAGUUAGCAAAAGAAAAAGCUGGGUUUGUGUUUAAGGGAAACAGUAGACAAUUUGGAUUCCACAGUACUGAGUCAAAUUUCACCAUGUCUGUUGAAGAUGUCAAGAAUGACAUAGAUUUGGAAGGAGUGAGUGACGUAAGUGAUGAGUCUGAUGAUAUUGAACUUCCCCAUAAUUCUGAAUCAAGAAAGCUAGGAACUCGGAGUUUUCCAAAGUGGAAAGAAUCUCUGCCACAAGUAAGGAAGCCCUACAGAAAAGGAAAGGAAAGUGGUUCUCAGAAUAUAGAUGAAUUCUCAUCCUCUGAAGAUAACUUUCCAGUUGAGAAAAUUAAUGCCAGGAAGCAAAGCUAUAGGAGUAAACAACAGAGCAGCAGAAUUCAGUUUGGGUCUAAAAUGCUGUGUCCUAUUCAAGAUACCUCUGUUGCACAAAUGAAGUCUAGCAAUUAUGCUAUGCAUAGAACUUCUGGAAGUAAAACUGUAUUUGAGCAUCAAGAGAAAAAUAUUGAAUCAAUGGACAAAUAUUUAGAUGGUGUUCAAGAAGUGGCAUAUAUUCAUUCGAAUCAGAAUGUGGUUGGAUCCAGCAAGGCUGAAAAUCACUUGAGCCGAUGGGCAGUGCACGACGUAUUUGAGUUGAAGCAGUUUUCCCAGCUCCCUGCUAAUGUAGCUGUCUGUAGUGCCAAGACACUGAGGAUGAGAGGAAGAGAAUGCUCAGUUGGAAGUCUAAUAAAUUACUUUGAUUUUUUUGGGGGUGGCUUUUACAUUAUCCAGCUUUGAAAGAGUUGGGAAUUAAACAGCACAGCACCCUCUGUGGGAUUUUUCUGUGGAAGAAAUGUUAAGAUUAAAGAUAGGGUUUUUGAAAUCAAAUUCUGUGCCAUGUUUUUCUGAUUUGAGCCUUGAAAAAUCUUCAGUUUGUCCUGGAUUCGGUUAACAAAAAUCCAGUUGCCAGAGUAUAUUCUGGACACACUGUAGCAUAGGAAUUUGAACAUACAUCAGUUUGCAGACUCUCUUGGGGAGGUGAGCAUAAGCAGUUGCUAUAAUUAAGUCAAACUGUCUAUCUUUAAUGUCUUAAACAUAGAAGUAGAGUUUAUUGGGAAUUCUUAUUUGCAGUAACGGAUAUGUUAAUGGUUUUUGUUGGUCCUGUAGCUUGUUUAAUUGCAUUUAAUAUACACACAAAUCUGGAAUAAAUUCAGAUACAUCUUUCAUAUUUUUUAUUCUUACUACAUAAUGUUUUUAAUCUGCUCUGAUUAUCUGGGUAUUUGGUUGCUUGCUUUGUAAUAAACAUUUGCAAUUUCCUAGACUGAUUUUUAAGAUAAACCACAAGCACAGAGUAAGUCACUGAUGAAUGUGCAGCUUAGUCUUUACAGACACAUUAGCUAUCCUUACAGAAAUUGUAGACAUACGACUGUGUUGUUCUGGGGUGUUGAACAUCCUCAGUGGCUAGAAGAGUUUCUUCCAGUGCUGUUGUUAUACUGUAUUUAAUUAAGCCAUUAGCAGAGUUACCAAGAAUUUUUACACUGGGAAGAUCAAACCAGGCGAAUCAGUAAAAGUAAGGCCUUUUCAAUUCUAACACAUUUGCAUUAGAAUGUUCCUUAUUAGCAGAAAAGUUGGUCAAAAAUACACAAGAGUACGGGAGGAAGGUACUUCUCAAUUGGCAAUGGCUAACAACAUUAUUAAAACCAAAUAAAAAUGAAAGAAAACUUCUAAGAGAGCAUUUUGACUAAAUGUCUGUUGAUCCACCUCUGUUCAAAACUAGUUUGUGGUGCUUAUGUAACUUAAAGCUUAUUAUGUAGAGUUACGUCACUGCAAGUAUUGCAAUUAACUUACCUUGAUUAACUUGUCAAGUUUUUUAAGGUACGCACUUUUCACUCAGAAGCAGCAGUAGUAUCACUUCUCUUGGAGAUCUAAGUAACAAGAAGAACAUCAAAAAUUAGGCUGCCUCUUUUUUCACUUCCUGUUACUCAUUUAUGUAAAGGCACUAAUGUAGAAAUAAAAUAUAGAUGACUCCCUAUUCUUAAAUGUGGAAUUUUGAGCUUUAUGUGGUUUGCUUAAAAGAGAGCUUUGUAGACAACUUUGAAAGGUCCUCUACUUAGAAUUUAAUGCUACUGUUUUUCUUUCUUCAUUACUUUGUAUUUCCUUAGAAGACAUUCUGUGAAAAUAACAUAGUCACUGUUGUGCUUCUGGCCAUCAGGCUUUGCUGAUAAUUUUUCACUUAUUUGCCAUCAGUUGAAGUUAGGGCAUUCACUUUCUGAGCACCUACCUGUUUUAUCACAAAUAAUGCUACUUA